AUGGGUUCCUUCUUGUCUCAAGUGCCUGCAGGUCAUGACCUGAGAAUUGUGUUGAUUGGAAAAACUGGAUCUGGUAAAAGUUCAAGUGGAAACACCAUUGUAGGAAAACAUUUAUUUACAUCAGCACCCAUGUCUACCUCAGUGACUGAUAAAUGUAGGGAAGAAAGGGUUCGAGAAAACAGAUGGUUAAAUGUGGUGGACACACCAGGAGUGUUAGACACAGAUGGUAGUAGGAAACCAGGGUAUAUCCAAAGAGAAGUACUGAAGUGUCUUGAAGUCUCAUCCCCUGGUCCUCAUGUCUUCCUGUUGGUGAUGAAGUUGGGGACAUGGAGUGAUGAUGAUCAGAAAUCUGUUGAUAACGUUGAGGAUCUCUUUCCAGAGCUUUACAGGCACAUGAUUGUGCUCUUUACUCACAGUGAUCAACUUGGGGGGAUAACAAUACAAGACUUUGUACGUGAUGGUCAUCCAAAUCUUAAAGACAUUAUACGUCGCUGUUCUGGCAGAUACCAUGUUUUCAACAACAAAAGUCGUAGGAGAGAUCAAGUUGUUGAGCUGGUCAGGAAGAUUGAUGAAUUGGUGGCAGUGGAAGGGAUCUAUGACCAUCACCAUGUAGAUUAA